UAAUAUCCUUUUCCUCACUCACUCUCUCUUUCUUUCUUACUCUCGUUCCCCUCCCCAUCAUCCCUAUACUCAAGUAGCUAACUUUAAACAGGGGUGCUAGCGAGAGGAGAUGUGCUUGUUACGCUCGCUCCCAGCCUCGAAAGUCUGUUAUUAAGAAAGCACAUCUCUCUUUUUCUCUCUUUAUAAUAUAUAUCGUACGGAACUUGUUCGUUAAUUGUUUAUUUUAACGACAGAAAGUGCGAAGAGGAAAGAAUAUACAGAACUAGAAAUAGAAAGAGAAAGGAAGAGUGGAAUAUGGAGUAUCAAUAACAUCCACUGACAAAAACCAAUUUUUUUUUUCAUUUCAUAGGGAUUAACCAAAAUACCCAGUCUCCGAAAUACAAUGAAUGAAUGAAUGGAUGGAUAAAUAUACAUACAUAUGGAUAAAACAAGUUUAAUAUAUUCCCUUUUUGUGACGAACUGGAUUAAUAUUAUGGUUAUUGCUACUAUAAACAUAUUUUGAAUGCUUCAUGGAAUUUACAUUAUUGUUAUUAUUACCAUUAUUAUUAUUAAUAAGGUAUCAGUCAGAUUUUGAAGUAACUAUCCUGGAGACCCCCCCUUGCAACCAAUGAGGAAAAAUGCGUACCAGCACAUGGCUUUUAUGUGGGAGUAUUAUGAUUGGCUUAUUCGUCCAGAUUAGCUCAGGAAAAUUACCAAACCCUCGUAUCCUGGAACAUCCAAAGGAUAGCUACGCUGCCAGAAUGACACCUGUAAAAUUAAACUGUCGAGCUGAAGGCGAUCCAAAGCCAUUGAUUACCUGGUACCGGAAUGGUGCCAAGGUAAUCACAACAGAUGAUGACUCUGACUCUAACAAAAUGUUAGUUGAUGGCGGAGCAUUGUUCUUCUUGCAGGUCAUGCACUCUAAAUCUCACAAAACAGAUCUCGGAAUCUAUUAUUGUAAUGCCACAAAUAUACAUGGAACAGCUCUUAGUCAAAAUGCUACAUUAACGUUAGCAAAUCUCCGAGAUGAUUUUAAAGUAGGUCCAGUUGAUACAAUGGUUGCCAUUGGAGAUACUGCAAUUUUGAAAUGUCGUCCACCUCGAGGUGAA